AUGACCGGCGGCGGCCUCCAGGAGUGGCCGGAACCGAUCGUACGGGUCCAGUCCCUGUCGGAGAGUGGCCUCCACGUCAUCCCCGACCGUUACGUCAAGCCGCCCCACCAGCGCCCGACGACCACCCGCCACCGUGACGCCAGCAACAUCCCCAUCGUCGAUCUCGGUGGCGGGCACGGGAAGCAGUCGGAGGAGGAAAUCUGGGCCGCGUGCCGGGACUGGGGAUUCUUCCAGGUGGUGGGCCACGGGGUGAGCCCAGAGCUGAUGGACCGGGCCCGGGAAGCGUGGCGGGAAUUCUUCCACCAGCCCAUGGAGGUGAAGCAGCGGUACGCCAACUCGCCCAAGACCUACGAAGGCUACGGCAGCCGCCUCGGCGUCCAGAAGGGCGCCGUCCUCGACUGGAGCGAUUACUAUUUCCUGCACUACUUGCCGGCGACGUUGAAGGACCACGACAAGUGGCCGUCCCUCCCUUCCGAUAUCAGGAAAGUGAUUGAUGAGUACGGGAAGCAAGUGGUGGCGCUUUGCGGGAGACUGAUGAGGAUAUUAUCGUUAAACUUGGGAUUAAACGAACGAUGUCUUCAGGACGCAUUUGGAGGGACAGAAAUUGGGGCGUGUAUGAGGGUGAAUUUCUACCCGAAAUGUCCGCAGCCGGACCUGACACUUGGCCUGUCGUCCCACUCCGACCCCGGCGGUCUGACCAUUCUGUUGCCGGACCACCAGGUGCCGGGGCUUCAGGUUCGGAGAGGGGACGAUUGGAUCACGGUGAAGCCGGCGAAGCAUGCCUUCAUUGUCAACAUCGGCGAUCAAGUUCAGGUAUUGAGCAAUGCAAUCUACAGGAGCGUUGAGCACAGAGUGAUCGUGAACUCAACAAAGGAGAGAGUGUCACUGGCUUUCUUUUACAACCCAAAGAGCGACAUUUCGAUCCAACCGGUUAAUGAACUUGUAACCAAAGAGAGGCCUUCCUUGUACCCACCCAUGACUUUUGACCAGUACCGGUUAUACAUAAGAACCAAGGGGCCAUGUGGCAAGUCCCAAGUGGAGGCUUUGAAAUCCCCACGUUGA